GAAGUGGGGGAAGGGCCGGGCCAGGAGGCGGAGCGGAAGCGGAGUGCUAGGGACGAGAGGAGUAAAAUCUCCACCAGCUGGAAGCCAACCUUAUCCCUGAUUCCCAGCCCUGGCCUUUCUCCAUCCCGACCUGGAGGCUGUUUCGCAGGCGCAGGAGGCUGCUGACGCCCGCUAAUCGGCUUUCGCUGCGCCGCCCCGGCUUGGAAGCCCGUUGGCGUCGGCGACGGUGACGAGAAGCCCACAAACAAGGACUGGGUAAUUCUUCAGUGACUACUACCAAUGCGGUAUUUCAUGUUGUCCAGAAAUUCUGCGAAGAAAUUUUUUUCAAGACUGCAGCCUGACUGCUACUGACUGAAUGAGAGGAUGUAAGGAAACAUAUCUGAGUUAAUUGAGAGUUGGAGGCAACCUUGCUGAAGAUGAAGAAUAUACAUUAGAGGAGGAGAUUUUUUUCUUUCUUCUUUCAAAAGUCUUGAUUGUUUGGUGGCUUGCCUCUAGUUACCAUUUUUCAGUUGAGUCUGUUUGCUUCAUCAGAAAUGAUUUUUACAAUCUCAAGAAAAAAUAUGUCCCAGAAAUUGAGUUUACUGUUGCUUGUAUUUGGACUCAUUUGGGGAUUGAUGUUACUGCACUAUACUUUUCAACAACCAAGACAUCAAAGCAGUGUCAAGUUACGUGAACAAAUACUAGAUUUAAGCAAAAGAUACGUUAAAGCUCUAGCAGAGGAAAAUAAGAACACAGUGGAUGUCGAGAAUGGCGCUUCUAUGGCAGGAUAUGCUGAUCUAAAAAGAACAAUUGCUGUCCUUUUGGAUGACAUUUUACAACGUUUGGUAAAGCUGGAGAACAAAGUCGACUAUAUUGUUGUGAACGGCUCAGCAACCAACACUACCAAUGGUACUAGUGGGAAUCUGGUGCCAGUGACGACAAAUAAAAGGAUAAAUGCAUCAGGCAGCAUUAGAUAGCAGUUGAAGAUCAGCUUGUGCUGCUACGUUCACCGUGGAUUAUAUCCUAUGGCAGAAAAGCUUUUAUAUCGCUGGCUAGCAUAGAGUAAUACUUUACAAUAAAACCUCUACGCAUUUUCAAGGAAUAUGCUGGAUUCAUGGAACUCUAAUUCUGUAUAUAAAUUUUAAAAGUUAUUAGUUUGCUUUCAGGCACAACUCUUCAACGCUGUACUAUAUCCUUAAAGGGAAUUUGGUAACAUGGUUGAUGUAGUAAGCAGGUAGGUGAUCUUUGUAUAAAUCUUUGUGUUUGAGAUCAAGUUGAAACAAAAACACUGAAAGACAUGGAUUCAUUUCUAUAAAAUAUUUAUUUAAAUAUAUAACAUGUUUUUCAGACAAGUGAAGAAUAUUGUUACUGAAUCAUUCUGUCGUUUGUUAUCAGUAGAUGUGACUGUUUGACUAAUACUAUUAGAAAAUGUGCUUACUUCCAGUACUUACUAUAUUUUGUUAUUCAGAUUAUGAGCAGAGAGAAAGGAAGUAUAAUGUUGAAAAUAAUGUUUUGAAAUCAUGACCCAAAGAAUGUCUUCAUUUGCACUAUCCCUUCAGAAUAACUGGAGGUUAAUUAUUGUAUAUUUUUAAAAAUUACGUUUAUAAGAGUAUAAUCUUGAAAUGGGUAGUAGCCACUGUUCGUAACCUAUUCUAAACAUUGGGACAGUUAAAUAACAUUAAAAUAGUAAUCUCUAAUCUCAUACGUAACAUUUUCUUAUAUACUUAUGUUCUGAAGAAUAAAAGAUUUUUAUGAUGAGAUUAAAAAUAAGUAUUAAUUCAUGAUUUUCAUGUACAAGAAUGUUAAUUUAAAAGUGUAACCCUUUGAUUAUGUUGUCAAGAAAGCACAUUAUUUCCAUAUUUUGGUAAUUUUUGCUUAUAUUAUAUUGGCAAGGGAGAGAGAAACUGAGAUAUUUGUGAGACUGGGACUCUUAAGGACUUUAGCCAGAUGUACAUAAUAAAAGUAUUUGUGUUGCAUUAAAUUGCUUGGAAAAUGGUAACAUUAUAGUACGUAGAAUAUCCUGCUUUAUGAAAUUUUGGAUUUGUAUAAUAGAUACGUUAGAUAUUCAUUUUAUAUAAUGAACACUUAAAAAUAAUUAAGAAUGUUUAAAAUAUAAUUUAAAUUAUGAAGAUGGACUAUCUUUUCAGGAAAACAGCUAUUCUGUAUAGCACAAGAGAUCUUAAUCUUGGGUAAUUCUACUAUAGAGCAAAGUACACCUUUAUUUAAAUUUACCUUGUAGCAAAUUUAAUUGCCAUAUGGUGCCCUAUGUUUCAUAGUAUUUAUUCUCUAUAACAACUGCUUAAGUGCAGCUAGCUUCUAGAUUUAGACUGUAUUGAAUUUAGUUUUAGAUAUUGUAUUGUUCAUUAUUACAAUGUACUACCAGACAUAGUAGCAAUAAUUAUAAUGUUUUAUUAAAGUAAGUAUGAGAAAAUAUUUCAUGAAAGGUAUCUUUCCAGACUCUUCCCUGUACCCUACCUUUAUGUGAAGAAAUUAUUUAUAUACCAUUUCCAGGUAAAGUUUGGAAUAAUUGUUCAGUCUCUCAUUAGAUGUUGACAUUUUUGUUUUUUGUUUUUGUUUUCAGGGAUGAAAUAAAAUGUAUUAUUUGUACUUUAAA